AUGAAUCAAGAAAGGCGCGAAAACAUCGAGGCCGCACUUCGUCGGUACCGCGAAAGUGUGCUACAGCAUAAUUUAUUCUUACUCCGUACUCUGGUUAAAAAGGUCGAAGCUGAGCCUACUCCGCCGAACUGCACAGAACCGGUGGCACAGAGCCUACGAAUGCAGGCAAUCCAAGAGCUCAUAGAAGUUCCCGAGUCCAUUGAAACGCCCCUAGAUGUCCUCGAUAAGACCGUCAUCUCUUCGUUGAUCUUGUCGGCUUCGCUCGAGGGUGUGGAUGACGAUCCAGUGGACCCCUCGCUAAGACUUGAAUACUUUGCCGGCAUUAAGGCCAGCAUCUCAGAGAGGGGUGUAGAGGUUGCCGAAUUUCCUCCCUCGGAUCUGGAGUACCUCUGCACCCUUGUUAGCGGCAUCACAGGUCCAGGGCUGCCGUUCCAUCGUGAGGCAUGCCAGUUCGACUUCAUCACCCCUCUCCGACCCGGGAAAAUGAAGGCCAUGAUUCAAGCUGUCGGUGUGCCAGUACGGAAUCAUGUGGAACAAAAGCAACAAAAUCAGCUCACUGGGCUUUGGGAGGAUUGGGAAAUCGCCAUAGCGUUCCAGAUCGGUGGUGGCCCUCGUGGCUGGGGCGGCUCAUUCGCUUUAUACUGCAGAAGUCAAGAUAAGAAGGAAUGGAAAUGGAGAUAUGGAGUCCAUGAUGAAGAGUGGUAUAGCGAUGUCUAUGAGGACGUGGAGGAGUUUCUUGACUUCUAUGCUCACUUCAAUGAACAGACUGAGGAGGACCUCGAGGAUGACAUAAGUAGUCUAGAAACAUUGGCAUCUUUUUAG